GUUUAGUAGUCAUUUGGCUACAAGUUUACCUGUAUAACCGCCCGACGCGGCUUAAGGGCCCGCUAUAUCAUCUAUAGCCCCUUAAGGGAGUACUUGUAGAGGUACCGAGGGUUAACACCUACGGCGUAUUUAAUAUUAUUUAUAUAGCCGAGAAAACGAAGAUGCUGAAGCAGAUCACGGGAUGCAAGAUGAUCAUCGCCGAGACAUUGUUGCUGAGAUCAGCCUUGUGGACCGAGAGCGAUGCUCUAGCUACCCACGGCGGCCACCGGGAGCAGGCCAACAGGUGGGCAGAUCAAGAAGCCAAGGAAAGGGAACUGUCUGAUCUCGAGACAGGAUUUCCGCAGUUCAUUGGCUUUAAUCCCGCCCAGGGAGGCGCCAGUCCGACUCCGAAGAUUCACUUGGAUUACUCGCCCGCCGGCGCACGCAUGCAUAUCCGUGAUUAUCACCCUAGACUGCGGGCUGCAACAGCGGAAAUAAUUCAUGCCGAAGAUGCGUUACUUGCCGGCGGAAAGAGCUUGCCUGAGUAUUAUAGGGAGAGCUCUGGACCGCGCUGGGCUCUCUUCUCGAUCUGGAGGCCGCUGAAGACGGUACGGAGAGACCCGCUUGCGCUGGGAGAUCGGCACACGUUCGGGGCUGCGGAUUACGUGCCCGUCAAGGUAAAGACGCCGUGUUUGGGGCAGCCUGGUGUAAUGGAGACUCGUGCCGUGGAGGCAUAUGUAGCGAGGUACUCCAAGGGGCAUAAGUGGUUCUGGAUCGAUGAGCAGAGGCCUGAGGAGGUGUUAGUGAUAGGGCUGUUUGACAGUCAUGCUGAGAGGGAGGGUGGGAAGACGGCCGGCGGUACGUUGCAUUCGAGUGUGGAUUUGCUUGGAACGGAGGGUGAAGAGGCUAGGGAAUCGUUGGAGUUAAGGUGUAUAUGUAUAUGGGACUGAUAAUUUUCCAUGGAAAGCAGUUUUGCCAGUGGCUACUGCGACGCUACUGUUGAGUUCAUGUUGUCUACAGCACGGGGGGCCUAUAAUAGCAAGAUCAUAGGAUGAUACUCAGCAUAAGCUCUCAAAAGAGUCUGGCCAUAGUUGGUAGACCUCGGCAAGGCUCAUCA